AUGGGUGUCGGACGUCGUAUGAAGAAGCAGGGCCCCCCGCCCCCGCUCGAUGAAUCAAAGAUCACCAUGCUGAAGAAGCGCAAGGCCGCUGAAGCAGAAUCGACAGCUAAGACCGCUGAUCCCAAGAAGCGCCGGAGAGAAGCCGUCGAAGAAGAGGUCGUGGCAAAGAAAGCCGCCCCUAAGAAGGCCAAGGUCAAUGGUGCUGCUGCUAAGAGUGCUGCGAAAGUUGUGCCGAAGAAGGAGACUUCUAACAAGAAGAAGCCCGUUCCUAUGACGGACUCGGAGGACGAAGAUAUGGACGACGAAUUCGACGAUCUCGAUGGAGUCAGCGAAGGUUCAUUGGAUAGCCAGGAUGACGUUGUGGGACUUUCAGACCUAGAGGACGACAACGACGACUCCGUUAUGGAUUCUGACGAAGAGAAUUACACCCGUACAGCCAUGUUUUCCGACGACGAGGACUUGUCCGAUGCCGAGGAGAGGUUGACCGCAGCGAACAUCGAGGGUCUUUCUCAGAAACUCGAUGCCGAGAAACAGUUGGAGGAUGAAGAGGCCGAGCAGGAAUUGCAGGAUGCUAUGCAGACCAACAUCGCUGGCGAUCGCCCCGAUGUGUUCAACGAUGCAGCCCAGGCUGGACUUGCGCCGGAUCUGCAGCUCCUCCGCCAGCGCAUUACCGACACCAUCCGCAUUCUGGGUGACCUCAAGAAUCUUGGCCAGGCUGAUAGAUCUCGCACUGAAUACGUUGACCUUGUGCUCACCGACAUCUGCACCUACUACGGAUACACCCGCUAUCUGGCUGAGAAGCUGUGGAACCUGUUCACUCCUAUGGAGGCAUUCGCUUUCUUUGAGGCUAACGAAACCCCUCGCCCUGUCGUCAUUCGUACCAACACUCUUCGGACAAACCGUCGUUCUCUCGCCCAGGCUCUGAUCAACCGGGGUGUUGUUCUUGAGCCCGUUGGCAAGUGGUCCAAGGUUGGCCUUCAGGUCUUCGAAUCUCCUGUUCCCCUUGGUGCCACCCCUGAGUACCUUGCCGGUCACUACAUUCUUCAGGCCGCAUCUUCCUUCCUCCCCGUCAUGGCGCUCGCACCCCAGCCUAACGAGCGUGUUCUCGAUAUGGCCGCCGCUCCCGGUGGUAAGACUACCUACAUCUCUGCGUUGAUGCGCAAUACUGGUUGCGUCAUUGCCAACGAUGCCAGCAAGCCCCGUGCUAAGGGUUUGAUUGGUAACAUCCACCGUCUUGGCUGCAAGAACACCAUUGUCACCAACCUGGACGCUCGUACCGGCUUCCCCAAGGCCAUGGGUGGCUUUGACCGUGUCUUACUGGAUGCCCCUUGCACCGGUACCGGUGUUAUCUCCAAGGAUGCUGGUGUUAAGACUUCCAAGAACGAACGUGAUUUCUUGGCCAUUCCUCACAUGCAACGACAGCUGCUCCUCGCCGCCAUCGAGUCUGUCGACCACGCGUCCAAGACUGGUGGUUACAUUGUUUACUCUACUUGCAGUGUCACUGUGGAAGAAAACGAGGCUGUCGUUCAGUACGUCCUGCGAAAGUGCCCCAAUGUUAAGAUCGUCGAUACCGGUCUGGGUGGAUUUGGUAGCCCCGGUUUCACAAGCUACAUGGGCAAGAAAUUUGAUGCCAAGAUGGCCCUGACCCGCCGUUACUUCCCCCACCGCGAGAACGUCGAUGGUUUCUACGUGUGUAAGCUGAAGAAGACUGGUCCCACUCCCGUUGCUAAGGCGGACGGCACCACUUCUAAGGACCGCCACCAGAAGAAGCGUACUAGCUCCCUGGGUGCUUCCACUGAUGAUGAUGAGGAGAUCGACAGAACACCCAUUCGCGAUGAGGAGGGUGGUGCCUUUGCUGAUCUUAACGGUGGUGCUUUCGGUCCCUUCGAGGCAGAUGAUGAUUCGGAGCGCAUUGCUCGGGCCGAACGCAACCGUAUUCGUCGCAAGGGUCUUAACCCCAAGGGUGUUCUGAACAAGCCUAAGAAGGCCAAGGGAGAGCCCAAGGCUGCCACUGAGUCCACCGAGGAAACCAAGGAGGAGCAGAAGCCUGAAGCCAAGAAGGCCGAGUCCCCCAAGACUGAGACUAAGAAGGCUGAGUCUAAGAAGACUGAGUCCACCAAGAAGCCCGAGGCUGCUAAGAAGACCCAGUCCAAGAAGACCGAGUCUGCCAAGAAAUCUUCUAACCAGGACAAGGGUGAGAAGAAGUCGGUGGUGCAGGGAAAGCUGAAAGAAAAGAAGCCUAAGAAGGCUUUUAAAUGA